UCAGGACCCUCUUCAAGGCGUGUAUUUGGGGAGCUCUUCAAAGAAGGCUUCGGAAGUCUAUUUCCCAGCCACUUCGUUUCAGCUGCGCCCCCCUCCCCGCCCCCGUAUUUUCCACAGAGAGUAAGAAUUGGAAAACCUUGGCCUUUUAUUUGGAUAAAUACUGAGGAACAUGUAGAUGCAGCUGAUCAGGAGGUUAUCAUAUGGGACCGUAAGAUUCCUGAGGACAUCCUGAAGGAAAUCGCCACCCCCAAGGAGGUACCAGCAGAAAGCGUUACUGUCUGGAUCGAUCCACUGGAUGCUACACAGGAAUAUACAGAGGAUCUUCGAAAGUAUGUCACUACUAUGGUGUGUGUGGCUGUGAAUGGUAAACCUGUGCUAGGAGUAAUACAUAAGCCAUUUUCUGAAUACACAGCUUGGGCCAUGGUAGAUGGUGGGUCCAACGUGAAAGCCCGCACUUCCUACAACGAGAGGACCCCGAGGAUCGUUGUGUCACGCUCCCAUUCAGGAAUGGUCAAGCAGGUUGCUCUUCAGACUUUUGGAAACCAGACCACCAUUAUCCCAGCUGGUGGUGCCGGUUAUAAAGUCUUAGCACUCUUGGAUGUACCCGAUAAGAGUCAAGAAAAAGCUGAUCUGUAUAUCCAUGUGACAUACAUCAAAAAAUGGGAUAUAUGUGCUGGCAACGCCAUCUUAAAAGCCCUUGGGGGGCAUAUGACUACCCUGAGUGGUGAAGAAAUCAGUUACACUGGGUCCGACGGCAUUGAAGGAGGGCUCCUUGCCAGCGUCAGAAUGAACCACCAAGCCCUGGUCAGAAAACUGCCAGAUCUAGAGAAGACAGGACAUAAAUAAGCAAAGCUGAUUACAGGUCACAGUUCUUCCCAAGUUGAGCGGUCCGCCGAAACGCCGGGGGCUUCAAAGCAUCGGUGCAGACUAUGCAUGGUUAAGGCCAUCCUGAACUUUCUGAAGUAUUUAUGAAGCAUCAGAGACUUAUUUUCCCUGUAAUAGGAUGGAAGAUCAGGGAAAAUGGGUUGCUUCGUGUCUCAAGUAUUGUCUUUAUUUUUGAGACGAUUUUCGUACAGUUGUCAAUACACAAGGCGCAUAUAUAUAUAUGUAUAUAUAUAUAUAUUUGUGAAUUAAAAUCUACAGCUGAGUACAUUGUUCUGAGUCACCAUUUUCACACAACAUCACGAACCUUCACUGUUUGUUCGUACUUUCAUAUAGAAUUGGGCUGAAGAAAGGAUUGAUUUUGUGUAGAUUUAAUAAUUACAAGUGUAUCUCAUUGAAAAUAAAGUUAUUGGGGGUCUUUACCCCUAAUGCAGAUAGAAAGCACAAGCAGCCACACAUUCGUUAAUAUGCAACAAGUGCUCUAUUUAUCUGUUGCUGAAUAUUUCUUAAGGAUUAAAAUAGAAAAACCUGAAAUUGUUUUCAUUCUUUGAAAUUUUAAUGACAGGUUCACCAGCUAGUCGAGAAUAUAGCUGUUUGAUGGUUGAGUUGUAAUUGUAGUUUCCGUGUGUGCGUUUUGUUUUGUUCUGUUUUCUUUGGAUACAGAACAGUGUAUUUGUACCCCUGGGUUCAGCGUUUCUGCCAUCUUCCUAUUGAUUUUCGUUGGCUCUGUGGACAGUGCAUGGUUCCAUCCUUUCCCUCCUGACCAACAUUUAGUUUUAACUCAUAAGGUCUGGAUUAAGGUUUCAGGGUUAGCACUAGGAUUUUGGUACAUUUUCUCAUUAGGGAUAAAUGAUGCACUAUAAGAAUAUAAAUGAUUCUACUAAUUGACUCACUUGACAAUUACAUGGCUUAAGCUAGCUUUCGUUAUUUUAAAAAAACGUUGUUUUAGUACUUUUUAAACAAUUUGCCAGGUUUGAAUGUAGAGAUUCUCUCCUUACCAAGAAUGAUUUCUGGUUGCUUUUACCGUUAAUAAAUGCACCUAACCUAAACUCUCAAGGUAGUAACUUUGAAGAUACUUUGAAGUUUCCAUUCAGAUUAAAAUAAUGAUGGUUAAUGUUA